AUGGCACCGUCGGGGCAGCCAGUCCUCCACGCUCGUGGGCUUGGCAGCAAGGGAAGCAUGUCUUCCCUGAAAAGCAUGCGAACGUCCCACUUGCAAGCAGCGUCGCUGCGGUUCGGGACGACUCUGACACUUCAUCGGCCAGUGCCACGACCCAGCUCAGCGGCCGGGGUGGCGUGCAUCAUACGUCGUGGCACAAAGGCUGCCGAAGCAGAAGCAGUGUCCGACACACCAUCCGGACUCGCCGGAAUCGCGUCGGAGCCCCGCGCUGGAGCCAGGCGACCGCAGACUGCAGUUCCUACAAAGUCCUCUCGGCUUUCCUCGGAGGGCUUCGCUGCGGCUAUGUCUGCCCUGCGAACUGGAGCCGGCCCUGAGAUACGGGACUCGAGACAGAGCCCUGGCGGCCGAAGCAUAGGAAGCCUGGUUGGCCGCGGCCGCGGGGUUGCACACUGCGCGGCCGCUGCUCAAGCUCACAACGAGAGCAUGCCGAGAGGGACCCCCCUUCCGAGAUCAAGCUCUGCAGGUGCCCUUGGGCGGUGCGACAAAGUGCAGGCGGAUGCUGGCGGAGGAGCUGUUGCCUCCAGAGCGCCUGUCGCGGCAGGAGAGGCCGGCAUCUUCGAGGAAAUCAUUCGCACCGAUCAGUUUUUUGGCCCGAUCUUGCAAGAGAUCAAGGCCAGCUACAAGGCGAUCUUGCUCGACAAGAAACCGGCCUUGGAUGGCAAGGCCAGUGCCGCGGAGGUUGCCGUGGAUGCAGUGAGGAGGCCGUGGACGGGAGGGACGGAGAUUGGGGACGGAGGCGAAGAAACGGAACGAGCCGGAAGCCGCGAUGCCCUCAGCCGAGGUGGCCGCCAGCCAGCGGACAAGGUGCAACGCCUUGAAGAAGAAAAUGCAGCGCUUCGCGAGCUCGUUCGGCGCUUCCACAUCAAGCUAAAACAAGAUAACUCGACUAAGGUGCAGCCAGGUAGAGAUCCUUGCGCAGGGCGCUUGCACCAAAAGGCUGUUUCUUUGCCUUCCGUGUGGUCCUCGCCAGAGCCGCUCGCAGCCGCGAUGUUGCGGCCUCCGCGUCGGCGCCCGACUUUGGUCCCGGCUCUGAACCUGUCAGACAUAUGGGAUUCCUCAGAGUAUGAGGAGGAGGAAGAGGAGGAAGCGGAUGACAAUGACGAUUCCGAGGUCUUCGAUGGCCCUGAUGCAGCCAUGGCGGUCCUGGUGGCGUAA